AUGGACCGGAAGUUUGGAUUGAAUGGGCAACCUUCGUCUCAGAAGCGUUACGCUGCCUCGGAAAUGUCAGAAAUUAGCAAGUCCACCGCCAUCGGCAUCAUUGUCAUGAUACUCGUCCCAAUCCUCGCCAUUCUCAUAUGCUUCGGUUACUCGCUGACCGAAAAGUUCGCCAUGCUCAUGUACCGCGCAAAGCAGCAUCAGCGCCGAGUGCAAGAACGACGACGAGCGGCUCGAGAGGAGCGUCAGGAACGUCAGGAGCGAGAAUCGUCGACCGACGCCGCGGUUGUGGUCUAA